AUGGAACGCUUCGUCGUAUCGUCUCGACUGCUCAAAGCUCCGCGAAGCGUGCGAGCGUGCCAAGAGGUGUUGAUUCGAUGUGCGAUGGAUGCCUCGCUCGAUUUGUGUCCUUGUCUCUGGUGCGGGUGCAGGUGUGCGGUGACGAUGGCGUUGUGCUUGCUGGCCCGCAGUCGGUUCUGGUGCCUUUUGCUUUGUCUUCUCCAGCGGCCUAAUUUGGAGGCAGCAGGGGUUCUGAAUCUCGUGCCGGGUUUGACAGACAGGCGUCUCUGCUUUUCUGACGAGGAGGCGAUGAUGUGA